UCGGAGUUAAAGUCAAUAAAAGCUGGUGUAAAGAAAUGGUCGACAAUAGAGAGAAAUGAAUUGAUAUACGUUUGGCAUCACUCGGAGGGGGCGGACCCAGAACAGUACCCUGAUGACUUUCUAAAUAAAUAUGGCCCAAAAUUGACCGCGAUAGAUUCGUAUUUGCAAAUAUGUUACGCUAACUUUGAGUGUUUGAACGAUAACGGAGUGGAUCUAGAACAUUUUCACCACGUCCAUACGACCCUGAUACCAUAUGUGGCCACAAUGAAAGUUGAGUUGAGCGUAAAUUUUGAUGAUAGAAAAUGUCCCGUAACCAGCGGCACAAUGAGCGUAUUUGUGCUUGGUAUCUCGUUUUUAGGCACAUUUGUGGUUCAGGCUAUUUAUAUACCAGUUCAACAUGAUAAGUGUCUCAUUCUAAUGGUGCCGUACGGUCGAGCUAGCCCAUUCAAUUGGAUAUAUAAUGUCGUAUUUUAUCUAUUCUUGACCGAACAGUUUAACAGCGACAUGGUCAUUUCAAUAAACCUUCAAAGACAAAAGCGUCCGAUAUUUACUCGCAAUGAUGAGGCUAUCAUAAAAAAU